AUGGAGGAGGAGCUGAAGUGCCCGGUGUGUGGCUCCCUAUUCCGGGAGCCCAUCAUCCUGCCCUGCUCUCACAAUGUCUGCCUGCCGUGCGCUCGCACCAUCGCGGUUCAGACCCCAGACGGCGAGCAGCACCUGCCCCCGCCGCUCUUGCUUUCGCGGGGUGCCGCCGCGCCUCCUCCGGAUCAGGACGCUGCGGCAGGCGCUACCUGCGGAGGCGCCGGCGCUAGCACAGCUGGAGGCCUGGGCGGCGGGGCGGCCGGUGGUGGAGACCACGCGGACAAGCUGAGCUUGUACAGCGAGACUGACAGCGGCUAUGGUUCCUACACCCCCAGCCUCAAGUCUCCCAACGGAGUCCGCGUGUUGCCCAUGGUGCCUGCGCCCCCAGGCUCUUCUGCCGCCGCGGCCCGGGGCGCUGCCUGCUCCUCACUCUGCUCAUCCUCUAGCUCCAUCACCUGCCCGCAAUGCCACCGCAGCGCGUCACUGGAUCACCGCGGCCUGCGAGGCUUCCAGCGCAAUCGACUGCUGGAGGGCAUAGUGCAGCGGUACCAGCAGGGCCGCGGGGUUGCUGCUGGAGCGUCUGCAGCCCCGGCGGUGGCCAUCUGCCAGCUGUGCGACCGCACCCCACCGGAGCCGGCAGCCACUCUCUGCGAGCAAUGCGACGUGCUCUAUUGCGCCACCUGCCAGCUCAAGUGCCACCCGUCCCGGGGCCCCUUCGCUAAGCAUCGGCUAGUUCAGCCGCCGCCGCCUCCAGCACCCCCGGAGGCUACCCCUGUUUCAGCCGGCACAUCCACGGCCCCCAGCGCAGGAGGAUGCAGGAGCCCAGGGGGCGCCGGGGCCAGCGCGCCUCGAAAGUUCCCCACAUGCCCCGAGCACGAAAUGGAGAACUACAGCAUGUACUGCGUGAGUUGUCGGAGCCCGGUGUGCUUCCUGUGCCUGGAGGAAGGCAGGCAUGGCAAACACGAGGUGAAGCCGCUGGGGGCAACGUGGAAGCAACACAAGGCCCAGCUGUCUCAGGCCUUGAAUGGGGUUUCAGAUAAGGCCAAGGAGGCGAAGGAGUUUCUGGUUCAGCUCAAGAACAUUCUGCAGCAGAUCCAGGAAAAUGGAUUGGACUAUGAAGCUUGCCUGGUGGCACAGUGUGAUGCCCUGGUGGACGCACUGACCCGGCAGAAAGCCAAGCUGCUCACCAAGGUGACCAAAGAGAGGGAGCACAAGCUGAAGAUGGUUUGGGACCAGAUCAAUCACUGCACGCUGAAGCUGCGCCAGUCCACAGGCCUGAUGGAGUACUGUCUGGAGGUGAUCAAGGAAGAUGACCCUUCUGGGUUCCUGCAGAUCUCAGAUGCCCUGAUCAAGCGUGUGCAGGUGUCCCAGGAGCAGUGGGUCAAAGGUGCCCUGGAGCCCAAAGUGUCUGCGGAAUUUGACCUGACUUUGGACAGCGAGCCGCUGCUGCAAGCUAUCCACCAGCUGGACUUCGUCCAGAUGAAAUGUAGGGUGCCACCUGUACCCCUGCUGCAGCUGGAGAAGUGCUGCACCCGCAAUAACAGCGUCACCCUGGCCUGGAGGACACCGCCCUUUACCCACAGCCCCGCUGAUGGCUACAUCCUGGAGCUGGACGACGGCGAUGGGGGGCAGUUCCGGGAAGUAUACGUGGGCAAGGAGACCCUGUGCACCAUUGACGGGCUCCACUUCAACAGCACCUACAAUGCCAGAGUCAAAGCCUUCAACUCCUCUGGCGUCGGGCCCUACAGCAAGACCGUGGUCCUGCAGACCUCUGAUGUGGCCUGGUUCACUUUUGACCCCAACUCUGGUCACCGGGACAUCAUCUUAUCUAAUGACAACCAGACAGCCACCUGCAGUAGCUAUGACGACCGGGUGGUGCUAGGCACAGCUGCGUUCUCCAAAGGUGUGCACUACUGGGAGCUGCACGUGGACCGCUAUGACAACCACCCAGACCCUGCCUUCGGGGUGGCCAGGGCCAGCGUCGUCAAGGACAUGAUGCUGGGCAAGGACGACAAGGCCUGGGCCAUGUAUGUGGACAACAACCGCAGCUGGUUCAUGCACUGUAACUCACACACCAACAGGACUGAAGGCGGAGUGUGCAAGGGGGCGACCGUGGGCGUGCUGCUGGACCUGAACAAGCACACACUGACCUUCUUCAUCAAUGGGCAGCAGCAGGGCCCCACAGCCUUCAGCCACGUGGAUGGGGUCUUCAUGCCUGCCCUCAGCCUCAACCGAAACGUGCAGGUCACCCUGCACACGGGACUGGAGGUGCCAACAAAUCUCGGACGGCCAAAGCUGGCAGGCAACUAGCCUGGUGGCUCCUGCUGCCUAGCUGGCUGUCAUGGAGGCCCUCAUGGAGGACAAGGGCACAACAGGAAGUCCCAGUAGCCAGCGAAUGUCUGAAGAUGCUUUUUGGGGGGGAUGGAGAGUGAAGGCGCUGUGAGUAACAAGGCCAUACUGUGGCUGCCUAUGUCUGUCAGGAGUGACCCCUCACCUCUGUGCCACAGAGCUUAUGGUCCCCAGGGUGCCCUCAAGACAGCGCUCUGGAAGCCUUUGGUUUCAGGCUGAUGUUGUCCGACAUUGUUUGGAAAGUUUGAUUUCCCCUUAGAUCUUUUUUUUCCUGGAGGGAGAGAGGAAAGCUAACUUUGGGACGGGAAUCCCAAGACGAGUCUGCGCUGUGAUGUCACUCCACGCCAGUGUGAAACCUGUUUCUAGGAGUCUGCUCCUGCCAAACCGGCAGCUUGUCACCUCUGCUGGGAGAAGCUGACCUUGAGCCUUCGGGAUGUGGAG